AUGGUCAUGGCGGAGGGCACUGCAGUUCUCAGGAGGAAUCGGCCUGGAACCAAGGCAAAGGAUUUCUACAACUGGCCGGAUGAGUCAUUUGAGGAGAUGGACAGCACCCUGGCUGUCCAACAGUAUAUUCAGCAGAACAUCCGCUCAGAUUGCUCUAACAUUGACAAAAUCCUGGAACCGCCAGAGGGCCAAGAUGAGGGGGUGUGGAAAUACGAACACCUCAGGCAGUUCUGCUUGGAGCUGAACGGACUAGCAGUCAAACUGCAGAGCGAGUGCCAUCCGGACACAUGCACCCAGAUGACGGCCACCGAGCAAUGGAUCUUUUUAUGCGCCGCCCACAAGAACCCCAAAGAGUGCCCCGCCAUCGACUACACCAGGCACACGCUGGACGGAGCUGCCUGUCUUCUCAAUAGCAACAAAUACUUCCCCAGCAGGGUGAGCAUUAAGGAGUCCUCCGUGGCCAAGCUGGGGUCGGUGUGUCGCCGCAUCUAUAGGAUAUUCUCUCAUGCCUACUUCCACCACCGCCAGAUAUUUGACAAAUAUGAGAAUGAAACGUUCCUGUGUCACCGCUUCACGCGCUUCGUGAUGAAGUACAACCUGAUGUCUAAGGACAACUUGAUCGUGCCCAUCCUGGAGGAGGAGGUGCAGAACACCUCGUCGGCUGGCGAGAGUGAGGCCUGA